GCAGCAAGCAAGCCUUUCCUCUUAAUGAUCCUGGUCCUUCUGCUAAGAGACCCAUCCACUGUGUCUGUGUGUUUGUGUGGCUCUGAAGGCAAACACCUGCAAACAGACACUUAAAAACCCAGAAUCAUGUCCACAGACUACAAUUGCAUGUAAUUCAGUGGCCCACUGGAACAACUUGAAUAACGCUGUAUGAUAAUGUAGGUCAGGUCUUGGUUAAAUUAAACAUGAUAAGGCCAUUUUCACAGUGUUGAGUCAUGCCUCUAAUAACUCAUUCAGUCAGAGAAAAGCUUAAUAUUACAUGGAUAGCUAGUUAUAUUGUGUGCCAUGAAACCGCAUAGGGAAGGGAUACUGAGCGGAUGCUUUCAGUGAUGUGGCCAAUAUUCUCCUUACUGCCUGUGCCAACUUCAAAUAAUCACAGAUUCUGUUUUUCAGCCCCUGCCUGCUUCUGCCACAGGAAUUGGAGAUGCCUGGUGCGACCUCUCGAUGCUCGUCAAUGGCAGUUAUAAUGAAGCAGGCACACCCCACUCAAGGAGACCACAGUUACCAAGUGACAACACAAACACAUGAACUCAAGAGCCGGCUGAAGAAGAGCACAGGCCUAUAUGAAGAAUGUCCCACGAGUCAAAGUUACAGCCCUAUCAGAACACCACCAGGCCUGAUGUCUUGGAGGGUAGUCUGCGCGGUCAGGAGAAGAUGCUGGCUGUGCUGCUGGAACAGGCUUUCAGGAUCAAAGAGGAGGUGGCAGCCGGUCUGCAGUCCACCCAGGGCUCCCUCCAGGUCGAGACUCUGUCCCGCAAGCUGCUGGAGAAUCACAUAAUGACCAUCACACGUAUUGUCAAGCAGCUCAGCAUGAACAUACAGGCCCUGGAGAGACAGAUCGCCCAACGCGACUCCGUCACCUCUGGCACUACAAUGGCUGUCCAAAACCUGGACCAGAAGAACACGGCUGGCAUUGGAGACCUGAGAGGAAGAGUAGCCAGGUGUGAUGCUGGCAUCACCAAGCUGAGCGCUGACGUGAGCUCUGGGGAGCAGCGGGUGAUUAGACUGCAGCAGGAGGUGGCAGAGCUCAGGUUGGCCGUGGACGUGCGGCUCGAAGAGCUGGAAGUCAAGCUUCAUCGUGACCUGGGGAGGCUGGAGGCUUCAUUUACAGAGCAUUUCCAGGGACAAAGGAGCUCAAUGUCUGAUCUGCAGACGCAAGUUAAACUACUAGAGACCAGGAUGUCAGGUGAAUUGAAGGAAGCCAAGGAGCACACAGAUUCGCUGAGGAAGUGGACGGAGCAACAGCUCAACAGCUUAGCCCAGACUCAUGCAGAAAGCAGCCAGCAGCACCACACACAACUGCACGGCAAAAUGUUAGAGGCAGAGUCGAGAUUAGCUGUCCAGCUACGCGCUCUGGAGGUCCGUAUGGAGCAGUCGGAGGCCCAGCGGGAUCAGACCGACCACAGUCAGGCAGAUCAGCUGAAACGCUCUGAAACUAAACUCAGUAAAAGAAUGACCUCAGUGGAAAGCAGCCUUCAUCGGGAGCUGCAGCUGCUCAAACAGGAAUACCACAAAGGGUUCCUCUCCGUGCAUGAUGCCAUUGAGUCCCUGAGGCACAUAGGUGACAUCAAAUCCCGCCUUGACAAGGAGAAGCUACAGAAGGAUAUCCGGCACAUCUGCAGCAAGGUGGAAGAGCUCAAUGACUUGUGACAUUAUCAACUGAGGAGGAGCUCUGUGUUAUUGUCACACCUAGCAGCUUGAAUCAAACUCUUUUCAAACUUCAGGGCACGCCAGUCAGUGAGAGAGUCAACUGCUUCCUCACUGGCUUUAUUCACAUCUUAUUCUAUAAGCCCACAGAUAUUUAGAAUAUAGCUAUAUUUAAUCUAAUCGCUCUUUGAAAAUCACAGAAAUUAUCUUGUCAACUGCAGUAGAAUACCUUUUGUUAAAUGUUAGGCAACUUGACAACAGACAGACCAGUCAGUGACAGUUAAUUUUGUGUUUAAAAAGCCAAGAGGAUUAAUUGACUACCAUUUCACUUUAACUCACUCCAUCUGUUUCUCUUUUCUGCUUUAUAGCAUACAAGAUUAAGCCACAAUUUGUCAUUUAUGCCAUUAUC